UAAAACAGAAAGAAGAUUUAUGAAGGGAUAGAUACAACUAGGGAAGAUUUACUAUGGGGAACACAACAAAUACCCACAAAUAGAUUCCAACAGGGGCAUAAAGCCCAGACCCUUAAACUGUCCCUUGGUUAAACUAAUAAAUGCCCGAAAAAUAAUUACUCUCUCCUAGCUGCAGAAAGAGGGCACCGACAACUGAUGGUUUGUCUCAGGAUCUCUGGAACAUCGGAGGAUCUGCCUCUCUAUAGCCAAAGCAGAUCAACAGAUCUGAGCUGACAGCAAAGCCUUCACUGGAUCCUUUGGUGGAUUACAGGAGCCAGGUAAGUAUCAGAGUCCUUGACAGAUGUUAGUAGCCGGAGUCUUGAUCCGAUGCGGCGCAAAGAACCUGGACGUGGCUGCCUCGAUGGUGGACAGCGCCUGCGUCGCCACUGACACCCUUGUUCGCUCUCUGUGGUGCACAGUCCUGAGACGCACGCUGACAGGCCCUGCCCCCAACCGCUUCCAGCCAGUUCACUGUCCCUCAGGUUCCAUGAGGGAAAAGAGAGUUUUGGCGGGAAAGCGCCAUGAAGAAAGGGUACCAAGAUGGAGUUCAAACCCUUCCUAUCAGAGGCACCAUCUUGAAUUUCUAAACUCCAUUUUUAAUUGCAGCAACAUUCAUAACGGAAUAUGACCACGUACCAAAAUCACCUUACAGAGCCAUUUAAAGCCAGCCCCAUUGCUUUGCAUUGCGAUGUGGAACCACGCUCUGCCACUGCAGCGGGCCCAGGCAGGCAGACUGGGCACCCCCUGGGCCUGGCUGCAGGGUCAGCAAUGGGCACUUACCUGCGCUUUUACAUGCGCUGCCUCAUGCCUUAGGAGGGAGCCGUUAUAACCGUUGCAAGUAGGGUGAACGGACAACAAAUGGGGAAAAACGGGAGAAGGGGUGGGGGGGGCAAUAGGAGCCUAUAUAAGAGAAAGACCCCAAAAUCGCGACUGUCCCGAUAAAACCAGGACAUCUGGUCACCCUAGCUGGAAAACGUCUGCGACACGCGCAGGAGCUGUGCGCAUGCGUAUCGCCGGCCCCAUCAUCCCUCUCUCACGUUGGUCUUUCCCCUGUUCCAUUUCCGAGAAGACGCGGGAAGCGAAACCGCCAAUAGGGGGAGAGCUCCCCCAGACCACGCCCCGAACUCUAUCUCUGCGGAUAGGCCUCGCCCCCUCCGUUCCGGCGGCACCGCCCCUCGGCUCGCGCCUGCGCGGUAGGCAGGCGGCAGGUGUGGCCUGCUGCUGCGGGGCUGGUGGCUCCUAUGAGCAGGCGCUGGCGCUGCUCGCCCCCCGCCAGCGCGGUGCUGAGGGGCCUGGUCGGCUCGGCCUUCCUCUGCCUGGCCAGGGCCAUGAGCCAGUGCCCAGCCCCGGCGACCUGCGGGGCGGGGCCCUCGGGCGGCGGCUCCUCCUCCGCCCGCCUCAGCCCCCCUUGGCUGCGGCUGCCGCAGGUGCCGGGCGCCGACCCCUGCCGGACCAACGACCUGUUGCUGCUGCUGCCGCCGCCGGAGCAGCCGCAGCCGCCUCGGCACCAUGUCGUCUAUUUCCCGGGGGACGUGCAGAAAGAAAACACAUGCUUCCCAUUUGGAGAUUAACCUCAUCCUGUGAUCCUGGGUCGGGGUGAAA